AGACGAACCUGAGUUAUUAACAACUUUGGAGGAGUUCUCAGAAUCACUCAGGAAUACCCUUAACACAAGUAAUAGCUCUUCACAACUUAUCAGAUAUGUCUUCUUUCCUAUAGCUGGACUACUACGGCACUUCGCACCAACUGAGCUACCAGAGAGGGGUUCUAUAGCAAUUUUUAAAGCUCUCGACGUGAUUUCUAAAGUUUGGCUCGUUGAAGGUAUCUCAAUCGCUGAAUGGGAACAGAUAUGGGUGCUAGCGACGAUGUCGCUAAUCAGUAGCAUAAAAAAUAGGAAAUCAGAGGUACUAUUGCUCUCUUGCGUCGAUUUAUUAUACACUCUCAGCAUCAAUCCUCUUCCUAGCUACAUAGAAUUACUCACAGACAAGAGAAUGUCAAUCCUAGGUUCACUUAUCUCACAAAUAUUGGAUAUGGCGACAACACACAAGUUUCUCGAUUUGCGUAUAAGGUCACUUAACCUUAUCGGAGUUUACGUGGGUGUAUACGCGUUCGAUAAACCAAAUAUCAAUGCUAUUCUAUUACCUGGCACAGCCAGUUCGAUGACGAAGGUGCUGUCAGGUAACAGUCACAUCAAUAGUGACUUAGCAGUUGCAGCUGUAGACAUCCUUCGCUUGAUUAUCAUGUCUACCCUUCAAGAUGCCCGUUGUGCCUCUUUACAACCAAUUCAGAUAUCAGAUCUAAUAGACUUGGCUGAUAAGGUCGACUUAGAGAAUUUAGAGAUAGUCGAUACAAAAGAUGAUGACAGGGCUAUUCCAGUUGCAUCCUCACUAUUUGCACCACCGCCGACAGAAAAGAAGGAGGAUGAUAUAAGAUCAACAUCGUGGCUUAAGGCGACGUCACAUCAGAUUCGCCUCGUGUUGACGUCCAUAGCAGGUCUCACAAAACACCAAUCGAGUAGAGUGAGGAGAGGAAUGGCCGAUCUCUCCGCUGAUAUUCUCGAGACAUGUCUGGCAACACUAGAAACCUGCCAGAGAACCUUACUUUCCAAUCUAUUAAUACUCUCGAUAGAUAGCCAAUCAUCUGAUAAUGUUUCUUCAAUUGCUAAAGGUGCCCUGGCGAGAUUGUUAUCUCUGGGAGAACAUCAGAAAAUAUUAGAACCACUUUUGAAACAACACGCGCGUGAGCUCUUAGUUAAUUUGCCAAAUGCAAUAAGGUCGAAAGACAAUAGUGCAAUUUUAGGAACAACAUUACAAAUAGAGGCAAUAGCAAAUCUGACCAUAAGCCAAAGCGGCAUACCGAUGGAUGAUAUUCUCGGACCUCAAGGUGGAGUUGAAAAAUGGUCUUGGGGAUUGAUAGACUGUAUUCCCUUUUACAAUCCGCCCGUAAGUGGUGAAAGUGUCUCAGUCAACGCAAGCAGGAGUGUUUUAUGGAGCAGUACACCAGACGCUGCAUUCGACUUAAGGUUCGACGAGGCGGGAGACGAUCCUUGGUUUGGCUUCCCCUCUAUGCCUUUCGCAACCCUCGACACACAAGCUGGUGAGGGGAUUCGAAAAGCCCUUGUAGCGCUAGGCAAGGCAUUUGGAGGGCGCGCCUCACAUUCCGCUGAGUACUUUUUCAAUCUCGCUCAGAGGAACCUCAAUCGAAAGGCGUCGAUAAGUAGUCUCUGGCUAUGCUGUUGUAUUAUACAGGGAAUGUCCCUCUCACGCUCUAGAGUCACCCAGAAGCUCGCUCUCAAGUUCGUCAGAAAUGUCGUGAAAUUCAAUCAGGAUGCUGAAAAUAGCACGGAUGAGAUACCUACUGUCGAAGAAACUGGUGAGGAUGUAGUGAAACACAACGAGAAGAAUCUUCCAACGGAAUACAUACGCGGGUUGGAAAAGGUAGAAACUCUAGCUGACAAUUUCAAAUACACUCCUCAGAAAUCAGCCAAGCUUGAAAAGAAAGUGCGACUUACACUUAUUUCGUUGAUGUCUCUCCGUAUGAUUACAACAACUAGCUGGAUACUAGGUUAUGAUUUCCGACCACAACUAAACAACACGCUUUAUUACAUACUCUCCAGAUUAGAUAGCCCGACAAUGACGAUCAGGGAGCAUGCGAAAUCGACACUCGCAAGUGUAUCUUAUUUUGUCGGAUAUGCCAGCACGAGUGGUAGCAUACUCGAUAAUGCGGACUACUUGCUCAAUUCUGUAGCUUCACAUCUCAGUCCUGUCAGGCUGGACAUUGCGGCGCCACGAGUGUUGAUCGCAGCUGUGAGGCUCGUUGGCGCACCCCUCGUCGGGAAAUUGCAAGGAGUUGUCGAGGACAUUUUUGAAAGUUUGGACAACUUCCACGAUAUUCCGCUCUUAGGUGAGGGCUUACUCGCCGUUCUAGACACAAUUGUCAGUGUUAUGUCUGAAGAUGUGGAUGUCUUGCCAUCAUACAAUGAUGAAGAAGAUACAGACCGCAUUAUAUCCGUCGACUCACGUCCUAACCCCGAAUUAGAGCUUGAGGGAUUGGCAGAAUGGCUUCAAGAGCUCAAUCAAGACCCACCAGAGCAGCCUAUCGAGGAUUACGGUCCAACACCACACCAAGCCUGGGAUGAAUUGCGCGAAGGCCAUGAUGUGAACAAGGAAACUGUACCGGAAGAUAAACCACAUGAACCACUCAAUAGGUCACAGUCAAUAUCUUUGAAAAUAAUGUCAAAAGGCUUACACUUCCUCACACAUGAGUCUGCAUUUCUAAGGGCGCGUACUAUGAUGCUCCUAUCAAAUUCCGUUAGAGUUCUCAUGCGGGAGAACCGAAAAGCGGAUGUCUUACCGGUAGUUCAUAAAGCUUGGCCAUAUGUUCUCCACCGUCUUCUUUCAAGAGCUGCGGCGGGAAUGGGGGACGAAUGCGAAGAGAAUCCCUACGUUAUGGCUAGUGCUUUCGAACUUAUACGCGUACUGGCUGUUGAGACUGGAGAAUUCAUGAGUCUGCGUAUAAUUGAAGAUGCCUACCCACUUAUCAGAAGAACGUUAUGCUUUAAUGUCACUAAAGAUGUCAGGAAUAGUGGAAGAGAUGUAUCAACCACAAAGAUAGUGUCAGAUGGUAUCGAAUAUUGGAAUACCUCAACAACUGCCAAGCGAGCUCAUCGGGAAUUAGUGCAAGCUAUGACUGCUGUCGUGAAAGAAAUACCAGUGAAGGAUGAACUGGUGUGGCAAUUAAGCAGCGAUUUUAGACUCCUCAUGCAACAUUCAUCAUUAAAGAAAGAACUUGUCUUACUAUACGAAGCACUCUCUGUUCGAAAUGUCGAUAUAGUCUGGCUUGUUAUGCAAGAGAGUGAUACUUUGGAGAUAAGUAGUGUGGUUGAUGAUAUUGCAUUCCAGUAAUAAAAUUUUCCUACCACCCCUCUCCAAUUUCCUUAUCUCGAUAUCGGACAUUUUCUUGAAGUCAUACCAUAAACAAAAAAAAAUGAAGAGCAGUUAUACCUAUAAAAAAAUCAACAAUCUUGAAAUUAAAUUAGACGUUCAUAUUCCUCCUUCAGCAACUGCUGAGAAUCCUGCACCUGUAAUAGUAUGGUAUCACGGUGGUGGCUUAUUGCAAGUGAGUGCUGAGAUCCUUCAAAACUAUCUCGCAAUGCUCAUUCAAUCACCUAGGGCAGCUGUGAACGUUAUCCAAACCAUUUCGAUGUCGCAGUCCAGGAACGAGGUUUCGCAUUUGUUUCUGUAGAUUAUAGACUUGCUCCACAGGCUGAUUUCGAGGAGAUUCUAUCUGAUGUCUCUGAUUCCGUCAGUUACACAAUCGAAGAAUUGCCCGGUCAAACAGGACAUCGUAUUGACGUCAAGAGGUGGUUUGUCUCUGGAUCGUCUGCUGGCGGAUGGCUCAGCUUGCUCGUUGGUCUCGGUGUUGCCAAUCCUAAACACAUCCCAUUGGCGUGUACGGCUAUAUACCCAAUAACAAAUACUUUGGCACCAUUUUGGAACACUCUUCAUGAGAAGGCAGAAUGGGAAGAUGGACCUGUUGCCCAUGAAACAGUCAAGGAGCAUCUGAAUGUGGAUGCACCUGUCGUUUCUAGUAAUCCUUCCAACUCAACUAGAUCAAAGAUGUACGCCUGGAUGGUACAAUCUGCCUCACUGAACGAAUUACUCUACGGCACUAAGAAAGACCGUGCAGGAAAUUACGCCAUUAUCAAUGUGCUCAAAGAGAAGAAGGAUGCAACCCCGCCAAUUUACAUCAUACACGGCACUGUCGACACGGCUGUACCAUUUUCACAAGCCGUCGAAGUUGUAGAUGCACUCAAGGCUAGAAAUGCUGAAGUACAAUUUGACGUCGCGCAUGAUAAGGAUCACUUAUGGGAUGAAUAUGAUAAAAAUGAAAGAAUGGAUGGACUAUAUGCCUUCAUCAGGAGGUAUUUGUAAUUUAAAUGCAUUUGGCAUGGACAGAUGGAAUUGAAAAUACAAGUGUUGUUGAUUUGGUAUACAUAAUAGCUGAAGAAUUG